GGCUCGCGGGAUGGCCGCCCUUGUGACGUCACUGCUGGCGGCGCUGCUGCUCGCCCACCUGCCCGCGCCCGCAGCAGCUUCCGGGGGCUGCCACUCGGCGCUCGGGAUGGAGGAGGGCCGCAUCCCGGACUCCGCGGUCUCCGCCAGCUCCUCCUAUGAGCCCAAGUCUGUGGGGCCGCAGAAUGCCAGGAUCCGGCAGGAGAAGAACGGCGGCGCGUGGUGCCCGAAGGCGCAGAUCAGCAGCGAGGUGCAGGAGUUCCUCGAGGUGGACCUGGGCCGGCCGCACCUCAUCACCGCCACCGAGACGCAGGGCCGCUUCGGCAACGGCCAGGGACAGGAGUACGCCGAGUCCUUCCACCUGCUCUACUGGAGGGACGCGCUGCAGCGGUGGGUCGUCUACCGGGACGCCAGCGGGCGCAAGGUGCUGAGGGGGAACAGCAACACCUACCUGGCGGUGCGGCAGCAGCUGGAGCUGCCGUUCGUGGCGAGCCGCGUGCGCUUCAUGCCCUACUCCCAGCACACCAGGACCGUGUGCAUGCGGGUCGAGCUCUACGGCUGUCCCUGGACGCAGGGCGUGCUGCGGUACUCGGCACCUGCGGGCGGCGGGGGCGGUCCCGACUGGCGGUGGGUGGGCUGGAGCAACGCCAGCCUGGGCGGCCAGCCGCUGGAGCUGGAAUUCGAACUGGAGACGCCGAGGGAGUUGGCGGCCACCCACCUUCAUGUUCUGCACGCGCCGCAGCUGGGCGUCCAGGUGUUCACGGAGGCGUCGGUGUGGCUGAGCCUGGACGGCGUGCACUACCAGUGGGCGACGGCGCCGGUCAGCACGGGGGCGGCGGGGGCGGCGGGGGCGGCGGGGGCGGCGGACUCGGCCCCCUCGUGCGUCAACGUGAGCCUGCCGCUGCACAGCCGCGUGGCGCGCUUCCUGCGCCUGCAGCUGUACUUCGCCGCCGCCUGGGUACUCGUCAGCGAAGUGCGCAUCGACUCGGCGGCGCUGCUGCAGAACGUGUCGCAGGAGGCGCUCGAGGAGUUCUUCCUGCAGCAGGACGCCGCGGCGCAGCAGCCGGCGCAGCCGCCGGCCCACACCGCUAGCGCGCCGGGCGACGCCACGCGCGCGCGCAACGGGGUCGCCACCGCGCUCAUACGUAAAUGGACCCCUGUGAACCUACCGACAGUGGAGACGAUGUUGGCUGGACAGCGGCGCGCGCCUUUUGCAGCGACGGCGGCGAGCAGCGGCCAGCAGGCGUACAUCGGGCUGGUGACGGGCGCGCUGGCCGUGGCGCUGCUGCUGCUGCUGGGCUGCACGGUGCUGCUGAUGGUGCGCCGCGGCCGCAAGAAGGUGGCGCUGCUGCACAAGCACACCGCGCUCGUCUCCAACGGCGUCGCGCUCAACAUGAAGGAGAUGCUGGCGCCCGGGGGCGGCGUGCUGGGCGUCGGCGCCGGCGGCGGCCUUACGCGCGUCCUCACGCCCUGCAAGCCCAAGGCGGCCGCGCCGGCGGCGGGGGCGGUCGCGGGGGCGGCGGCGGGCAGCAAGGCCGGCGGCGGGGGCGGCGGCGGCGGCGGCGGCGCGGACAGUGAGGACAGCGAGGGCUCGAGCGUGUACCACGAGCCGUACAAGCUGCUCGCCAAGGCGGGCGCCGGAGGGCACCAGGAGUACGGCUGCCUGCUCACCGCCAGCAAGAGCGUCGGCCAGUACACCGACUUCACGAGCGUGGCCAGCUUCCAGGAGGAGGUGCGCUUCGCGUCGCCAUCUUUCCACAGCGCGGCGGCGGCGGCGGCGGCGGCGGUGGGGCGGCCGCCCUCGCAGUUCGAGUUGCAGCCGUUCGCGACGCCCACCAAGGCCGCCGCCCCCGCAAGCGCCACCCCCGCCGUGCCCGAGGCCUACUACGCCGCCACCGACAUCGUCAUGUCGGAGCGGCGCGAGCAGCACCUGGAGCCGGGCUGCUUCACGACGGUGCGCAUCCCCAGCGAGGCGCCGCCAGAGACGACGCCGCUGCUGCAGUUCCCCAGGCACCGCCUGCGCCCGCUAGAGAAGCUCGGCGAGGGCGCCUUCGGCAUGGUGCUGCUGUGCGAGGCUGAGGGAGCCCCCGAGUACGACAGCGUCACGUCGUCGCACAAGAAGCAGAUGGUGCUGGUCAAGUCGCUGUGGAGGGGCUGUGGCGACUCCAAGAGACAGGAGUUCCUGCACGAGGUGGGCUGGCUGGCGAGCCUGCGGGACGACAACGUGGCCCGCGCGCUGGCCGUCUGCUCUGCCGAGGAGCCGCUCUGCUCGCUGCACGAGUACGGGGAGAUGGGCGCGCUGCCCGCCUUCCUCUCCAGGCCGGAGGGCCGCGAGCUGAGUGAAUUAGUUAUUCCUUCAGUUUAUGUAUAUUAUUUCCAUUUCAGUUACGGAUGUCUCAUAUAUAUGGCGUCGCAGAUUGCAUCGGGAAUGAAAUACCUCGAAUCUAUGGAACUGAUACACCGCGACUUAGCAGCAAGGAACUGUGUGGUGGGCCCUCAGUUCAGCGUGAAGGUGUCGGACCACGCGACCUACUGCUCACGCUACGACCGCGACUACUACGUCAGCGACACCCAGGCGCGGCUGCCCGUGCGCUGGAUGGCCUGGGAGAGCCUGCUGCUGGGCGAGUACUCGACCAAGAGCGACGUGUGGGCGUUCGGCGUGACGCUGUGGGAGACGCUGACGCUGUGCGCGGUGCAGCCGCUGGCGGAGCUGAGCGACCAGCAGGUGGUGGAGAACUGCAGCCGGUGGCAGCUGGACGACGGCCGCCAGCGCUGCCCCGCGCGGCCCGCCGCCUGUCCCCGGGAGCUCUUCGACCUGAUGGCCGAGUGCUGGCGCCGCGACGCCGCGCUGCGCCCGCGCUUCUCCGAGAUACACCUCUUCCUGCAGCGCAAGAACCUCGGCUACACGCCCACACCCCAGGCGCCGGCGGCUGCGGCGGCGUCGGCGGCGGCGGCUUCGGCGACGUCCACUCCGGGCUAG